CAUUAUCCCAGUUUACCGUAUGUUUUUCUAAUCUCUGCCUUCAGUCAGCUCCGAGAACCGGUGUCCUAUAGCCGGUAUAACCUUCCUCGCUCGCCUCCUGUCCUUUGCCGCCAUGGAAGCAAAGUACCAACGUCCUGCUUGGCAUCACACAGUUGCUGGUGCUUUGGGCUCUGGCAUUUGCAGGCUUUUUGUCGCUCCCCUUGACGUCAUGAAAAUUCGUAUGCAAGUGACGCAAGACUCGCUUCGUACAACCUUUUUGCGCACGUUACGCGGGGAAGGUUUACUAGGUUUCUGGAGGGGAAAUCUUUCAGCCGAGUUUUUGUAUCUGGCAUACGGUAGUUGCGAGUUUUUUGCAUUUUCACAAACGAAACGUUUGUCCCUAGAUCAUGCUACCAAGGUGCACCCGCGACUCAUGGACUUUAUGUGUGGAGCACUCGCCGGCAGUUUUGCGACAGCGGUCUCGUAUCCGUUCGAUACGAUGCGGACUCGUUUCGCAGCCCAAACACAUCGACCCCACAUCCUACGUACGGUUCUCCACACAUUAAAGACGCGGGGCAUUGCCGACUUUUACCCCGGCCUAGGCGUCUCAGUAGUGCAAAUUGCACCGUACAUUGGCUGUUUUUUCACGACAUAUCGUUUUUGUGAUGACACGCUCUCUCGACUCGACACGGGACCGCGUUCAUUUUUGUGUGGUAUCAUUGCCGGAGCUACUUCAAAGACACUAACGUUUCCGGCUGACACCCUGAAGCGGAAUCUCCAAGCCCACAGCAAUAUCUACCACAACACAUGGCAAUGUCUUCGGGGAAUCCUGCGUGCAGACGGAAUCCGCGGUCUUUACCGAGGACUUGCCAUGAGUUUGACAAAGGUGGCCCCAGGAAGUGCAAUUACAAUGUUCUUUUAUGAGGAAACAAUGAAGCUGCUGGAACAGCUUGAUCCUACAACACGCAAAUAGAACAGAAACUGCAAUUCAUUACGUCGUUAAGAAAAUCCGGCAGGCAGGAAUGAAGAAAAGGAACAUUAGAAGACAGACACACGUGUGAUUGAAGACAUUCCGCUUUAGCUUUGAGCGCCUGCUUUUGGAUGCUUUUUGAGCAAAUCCUCAAUGCUUGUUAAGCUUUCUUCCAUCACAGCAGCCUGCACACGAGGAUUUUGAAGUCUAGUUGUAGCGCGACGAAUCACAUCUUUGACAAUUUGCUGCUGCUCUGCUGCACGAACGGCCGCCUCGUAAUGAACCCAGCUGUCCAGCACUGAACGAGCUUCUUGGACAACGGCCACUUGUUGCUGCAAUGCAAAGACUUCGGCUUCCGUUUUAGCGAGGUCACGAGCCGUAUCGUAAAGCAGUUUUGUUACCUCCUCCGCAUCUUGAAGCGAGGCAACUUGGUCGAUCCUAUGACGUACAAUAUCCACGUGGUUCUCGCGUGCGUCCUGCAACACCUUCGUCACUCGUUCAGCAGCUUGCUGGGCACCUUGGCUGAAAGCCUUGCGACCAAGCGUUCCGAGGACGAGAAGGACACCAACGAAGGCGGCAGCAACAACAGACUCCUCGUUGACAAUGUAGAUAUCGCGUGAAAUCGCAGCUGCCAAACCAGCAGCGGUAACCGUCAAGAAACCGCUUUUUGUGAGCAGAGAAGUUGACGGCAGUUUGUUUAAUAAACUAGCAGCUUUUUCGGCAGGUGGAGGCCGUUUCGGAGCGGGCGAAGACGACGAAGUCGUAGAUUUGUAGCGAUGGGCCAGAAACGACCGAUUCAAGGCCGUGG